AACUUGGUGGUUAGUCCGCACCAAGUUUAACCUCGAACUCGGCAGCUGGCUAAUGUAAUAGCAGUUUGACAAAAAAUAAACGCAUAGCUCCGUUCAAACGAUUUUAUUUUUUUUUUACAGCGGUUUCGAUGAAUUGGUAGUGGGACUAAUUUCAAUACAUUAAGAAAUCAGCUAGUUUGCUACAGGGCUUCGGAUUGCAGAAGCUUUAGGCCCCAGUAGGCCUCGUUAGCCGGUAGCAUGUAGCUUAGCAUAGCUUAGUUAAUGCGAACAAACGGUAGGCGGCUCUAAAACGCGCGAUUGGAAACGUUUCGUCUCCUAACUCUGUUUUCUAAAAUGAAGCCAUAUUUUUAUGUUAUGAACAAAUAUUUUAGGCUGCUGCUAUGCAGGCGUACAUUGAAUUCUUAAUCCCGCAUAAUGGACUCAAACAUACUGAAUAUAGAGGAGAUAGUAAUGGGCGGAGGAGAGGCUGCUGCCCCUGCUGAACUGCCCUCUGAGAAGACAGAGGAUACCUACACCACCUCCAUUCAGGAACGUGCACCACCUCCUGUCAUUCAGUCAUACCAGCAUGAAAGCCUGCAAUGUUUCCAAUGUUUUAUUACUUUCUGCAACUCAAAAGCCAAGGAAAGGCAUAUGAAGAAGAGUCAUCGGGAAGAGUAUAAACAGCAGCUUCAACAGUGCGAUACUCUGUUCACAUGCUACGUGUGCGAUCGAACCUUCCCCUCCUCUGAGGAACUGACACAACAUCAGUCGACCCACAACAAGGAGGACAAGCCCUUCAAAUGUGCACAUUGCCAAGAAUGCUUCCGCACAUUCUCAGAGUUAACAACACAUCGGCGGCAAGUAUGUCCAGAACGUCAGUUCGUGUGCAAAGAAUGCAACGAGAUGUUUCGAAGCUCUGGACUUUUGCGUAACCAUCGUUUGACCCAGCACCCCGUGCCCAUGGACGGAGAGGAGGCAGAGGAUUCCACUAAGACCUACCGAUGUGGUAAAUGUGGUAGGGGAUUUGAAGAAGAGGCAGAGCUCCUGCAGCAUCAGGAGAACCACGCAGGUGACCGGCACUGCAACGGUAGUGCUGCCGUCAAACGUCGAGGGAGACCACCUAAAACUGAGGCUGUAGCAGCUGGUGAAAAGAAAGCGAAGCAAAAGAAGAAGGAGGAAGAUGCAGAGGGGCCUGAGGAAACCAACCAUUCAGAAGACACUUCUGCAAAACCAGCCACAGCUGAUGUGAAGACAGCAGGACGACGAGGACGCCCAGCCAAAUCUACCCAGGAGCCCAAGGCAGAAGAUGAUAAAGCAGAAAAUGAUGACAAGAAACCAGUUCCUCAGCCUGCUCUGCAGAUCCCUUGCACUGAAUGUGACCUCACUUUCCCUAGCCUGACGCAGCUUCGAGCACAUAAGAAAGAGAAGCACACGCAGCGCAAGCCUCAUGCUUGUGGAGAAUGUGAGGAGAGUUUUAACCGACCUGAGCAGCUGGAGGCCCACAUGGCAAGGGCGCAUAGUGCCGGCCGGCACACUUGCCCCACAUGCGGGAAGAGCUUUGGCAGGGAAAGUAACCUGAAGGCUCAUCAACAGAGCCAUGGAAAAGAAGAGAAGCCAGUCGGAAAGAGAUAAUUCAGUUUGGGAGAAUUUUGAGGGUGUAUGUUAACAGAAGACGAAUUCAAUUUUUAAAAGUUUUGUGUAUAGAAAUGUAGGUGGGGACAGGGUUCACUUUAGAUUUUAAGUUGUAACAUAGCAGGGGAUCCUUCAGCUGUGUGACCCUCGAGACCAACACUAUGUCAACAUGUUAUUUGAAAACUGGAAACCCAAAGGGUAGUGAGUUCACAGUUAACCAAUGGUAACCAUGUUUGGGUGCCUAAUUGUAUCUUGACAUCUGUACAUAGCUUUGGCAUGGAAAGUAACAGGAUUCAUACCAUGACUGAAUUCUCAUUUGUAGGGUAACCAUGUUGUAACUAAUACCAUCAAGAGAAACCCACAGAAAAGCCUUAUUAUAUUGUCUAAGGCUUCACAUUGUUGUUUUCUUUCUUUUUUGGAAAAUUUUAAAGUCUUUUCUAUGAAUCUAAUGUGUUAUUGUUUUUACAUUUAUUUUUAAAAGUGUGUACAAUGGUGAGUGGAAAGAUUUACUAAAUGAUUGUUUUCUGCCGAGAUCGGACUAAAUUUGAUUUCAAAUGUUUGCAUUUUUUACCAGUAUGACUUGAACUUAAAUGUUACCCGCAACUAAGACAGUUCUCUGAUUGAAGUAAAUGUCUGAAUAAUUCAUUGA